AUGGAAAAGAUUUUUUAUGGCUUUGAGUUUUACUUUGUUCCUAAGAAACAAAUUCGUAUUCAAGUACAAAUUUUGAAAAAGAAGAUAACUGAGCUUGGUGGUGUUUUUAGUGAUAUUCAACGCAAUACAACAACACAUGUUGUGUAUGCAAGGGGAGCACGACGCGAAAACAAGACGUCUGAAACUGAACCAGAAGGUGUUCAUCAUAUACGUGUAGAUUGGCUUGCGGAAUGUAUAAAGAAAG